GAGGGAGAGAGAGAGAGAGAGAGGAUGUUAGAAGGGAAAGCUCUGGUAGAGGACACAGACAUGCCUGUGAAGAUGCAGAUCCAAGCCAUGGCAUCUGCGUCUCAUGCUCUGGAUCUCUACGAUGUUUUUGAAUGCAAAUCCAUUGCUGCCCACAUCAAAAAGGAGUUCGACAUGAGAUACGGGAAUGGAUGGCAGUGUGUGGUGGGAUCAAACUUCGGGUGUUUCUUCACCCACAAUAAAGGGACUUUCAUCUAUUUCACACUGGAGACCCUAAACUUCCUCAUCUUCAAAGGAGCUUCAUCUCCCUGAAUCUCAUCCUUCCCUUGACAUGUGUUUGGUUGCAGGGUUGCCAAGAAAGUUGAGAAAGGGAAAGAAAAAUGAAGAUAUAAGAAGCAGCGUGUUUCCUUUUUAUUAGACCAUUCCGUGUCCAUAGCUUCUUUGUUCUUCCUCUUCAUUUUUCAGAGCUGGUUUGUAUAGACUAGCAGAAAAAGAGUAAACUAAAAGAGGACACAAGGGGAAGCAAUGUAAUGCCUUACAGAGGAUUUUUGGAUGCCUAAUCGUUUCUACAUAUGUAAAUG